AUGGACGGUGAUCUAAGCCUUUCUCAGUCUCUGGGUGGAUUGAGGAUAGCGAACCCAGAUGACGCGCCGCUGCCCUCCGACGAAGCAAGGGCCGCGUUGUUGCCUUCUUCGCAACCUCAUCAACACCCUCUGCCUCUACCAGCCGAAUCACAACAGAACUACUCGCUGCCACUGAUCACGGGUCUCGAUGGUGUGAAAUCAGACUUCGGCACAGACUCAGUGGGGGAUCUUGCCAGCUCGUACAAAUCUCAGGUCUCGUCCAUCGACACCGCCGCGUCUCGCCGUCCCACGAAUCGGUCCUCGGUAGCCUAUUUACCAGACUCGCACUCGACCUCCCAACACCACCAGAGUGCCAUCCCCCGCUCCGCCUCGACUCAUGUCCAUAAUAACCACUAUGCCAAUGGAACAACAUCCGCCGCCGCCGCUGUCAGAGAGCUGAACAAUUACCGAAUCCGCACCGACUCGAGUGCGUCCGGCGCCGAGAAGAUGUAUCGUUCAGAUUCGAGAGGCGGAUCCGCUGCGCUUCAGGCCGGUGUGCUGUCGCGGGAUAAUAGUCACAGUGAUCGCUCCUACAAGCAGAGCCAGUAUAUGCCCGGAAAUGGGCCGGUGCCCUUGCGACAAGGCUCGCGGCUUGGGCACGGUACCGCCUCUUCCGGUUCACCAUACUCGUUGGAAAACGGGCCUCCGACGAGCAGUGAAGAUUGGCAAGACCGUGGUGCCGCUGUUGGCGUCAGACAGGAGGUCGACGCCAACGGACGCACUGUUUCUCGAUAUAUAAAGAAAGGUGUGCGCGAUUUUUCCUUUGGUCAGACAUUGGGCGAAGGUUCCUACAGUACGGUAUGUUUGGCAACGGAUCGCCAAACUCUGAAUGAAUACGCCAUCAAGAUCCUAGAUAAGCGACACAUUAUUAAGGAGAAAAAGGUCAAGUACGUGAACAUCGAGAAAGAUACGUUGAAUCGUCUCACCGAUCACCCGGGUAUCGUACGACUGUAUUACACUUUCCAAGACGAGCGUUCCUUGUAUUUCGUCCUCGAUCUUUGCAAGAAUGGAGAACUGCUUGGCGUAUUAAAGCGUAUGGUGACAUUUGAUGAAGAAUGCACCCAGUUCUAUUGUGCUCAGAUACUUGAUACCAUCGACUACAUGCACAAACGAGGAGUCAUCCACCGCGACUUGAAACCAGAGAAUAUCUUGCUAGACAGUCAAAUGCACACCAAGAUUACGGAUUUUGGCACUGCCAAGAUUCUUAAUACGCCCAAGAAAACCGAGGAUAGCUUUAGCGACGUUCCCUCGCUGGACACAACAGACCUUCCGGAAGAAGACCGCGCUAGCUCUUUCGUCGGUACCGCAGAGUAUGUCAGUCCUGAGUUACUCACAGAUAAGAAUGCAUGCAAAGCGAGUGACCUAUGGGCCUUUGGCUGCAUUGUCUUCCAGCUGUUAGCCGGUCGCCCACCAUUCAAGGCUGCCAAUGAAUAUUUGACCUUCCAAAAAAUUGUCGCACUUGAAUACGAAUUUCCAGCAGGAUUCCCUCCUGUUGCUCGUGAUCUUGUCGAAAGACUGCUUGUUCUAGACCCGGCACGCCGCCUUCCCAUUGAACACAUCAAAAAUCACGAGUUUUUUGACGGGAUAGCAUGGGGGCGAGGUCUGUGGAAGCAAAAGGCACCCCGGUUAAAACCAUACGUCCCUCCAGCACGAGAACCGAUCAAGUUGAAUGGCGGGGACGAUGCCGACAGCUUUCCUCCGAACAUUUCUGCAGCUCCCUCUGGUGCUGCGACACCUAACUCAAGAGCUUAUCCGCGGGUUAUUACCGAGUUGCCACCUCCUAGUCAGCUAGACAUUGAAUGGUCGCCUGUUCUCUCGAAGAACAAUGAGCGAAUCUUAAAGCUAGGGAACUUGACCGUAUAUAUUUCUCCGGCCCCCCACAGCCCAGCAGGGCGCAGUGGCAAUGGAGAUCCGGAACCAUCGAAGAAAUUCUCUCGUUUCUUUGGUAGUGGUAUAACUAAAAAGAAACAGAGACUAGUUAUGAUCACGUCGUCGGCUCGAAUUAUUCUGGCGCCUGCUGGUGGCGACGAUAAAAGAGUCAAGAUUGAAAUUCCACUUUUAGCCCCUGACACUACCUAUCGAAGCAAUGUUGAUGCAAAGGGUUCCGCUUCUUGGGUUGUCACUACGCGAGAUAAACACUUUGUUUUUGAAGAAUCAUCAAAAGCAGCCUCUUCUAGCUCGCAACCGGCAGCUACAUCGACGCAAGAGUGGAUAGACGCACUUGACCGGGCCAAGGAUAUCGCCAUGUCACAACAAAGCAGUACAUACUCGGCAGACGAAUAUCGUGACCUGUCAUCAGCAUUUUCGAGCCAGGCAAAUACCAUUGACCACAGCUCCGAGUUCCACCAUCAAAAUGAAUCCGGAGCAGUAUCCGGGAGGACGACCCUGCAGAAGCACCAAGCUGGAGAUACAGAGUCGAUCAAAGGGAAAAAGCGAUUUAGCAAGCGACAUUCGAAGAAUGGCUUAGCUGCAGUUUUUUAG